AUGUUCACCACCCCCUCCGAACCCACCAAACAACGCUCCCGCAAACACUUCAUACCCCUCGAGAACAACCCCGAAGUCAUGACCUCCCUCCUCCACAACCUCGGCCUCUCCCCGCGCCUGCAAUUCCACGACGUCUUCAGCCUCGACGACCCCGACCUCCUCGCCUUCGUGCCCCGCCCCGCCCACGCCCUCCUCUUGGUAUUCCCCGUCUCCGCGACCUACGAGUCCUUCCGCGCCGCCGAAGACGCCCCCCUCCCGGAGUACACCGGCCACGGCCCCGCCGAGCAGGUCCUCUGGUACAAGCAGACCAUCGGCAACGCGUGCGGCUUGAUCGGCGUGCUGCACGCCGUCAGCAACGGCGCGGCGAGGAAGCAGAUCACCCCCGGCUCGGAAUUGGACCGGUUGGUUCGCAAGGCGAUCCCGCUGGAGCCGCGCGCGCGGGCGGAGCUGCUGGAGGAGACGGAAGCGCUGGAGAGCGCGCACGCGGCGGCGGCCGCGACGGGCGACACCACGGCGCCGAAUGCCGACGAGGAUGUGGAUCUGCACUAUGUGUGUUUCGUCAAGAGCGAGAAUGGGCAUUUAUGGGAGAUGGAUGGAAGGCGGAAGGGGCCUCUGGAUCGGGGCGCGUUGGAGGGGGAGGAGGAUGUUCUGAGUCCGGCGGCGUUGGAGAAGGGCGUGAGGGCUUUUUUGAAGAGGGAGGAGGAGGCUGGUGGGGGGGAGUUGAGGUUUAGUCUGAUCGUGCUGGCAGAGGGGUUUGAUUGA